UUUAAGAAAAACAAUUAGAACUAUUUAAAUGUUUUAAUUAUUUCUACCUGAUUUAAAUUUUUAUGAUUUAAUAAAUUUUGUUUUAUUAAAAUCUAAACAAAGAACUGUCGCACACCUAAUAAUCUACUACUAGUAAAUCGUAAUGUCACAUACAAGUAAAAUAAAAGCGCUUCUAUCCGAUUUGGGUAGAUCGACUAAGAGAGGUGUCAAGAAGUGUCCGUCAUGCGGUACAUAUAAUGGCACCCGAACUGUAGUGUGUAAAACAUGUUACAUAAUUCUAAGACCUAAUAACAAAAAGGUACCUCCGUCGGAAGUAUGCCAGUUACUAACGUCGUAUUCUUCUUCUCAAAUUUUCUCUUAUAUUUCAUCCGAUGAUACGGAUAUGAACGAAAGAGGAUUUGUUUAUUUUCCUGAAUUAAAAAAUAAAGACACAAAAAACAAACUCAAUGAUGGAAUAUGUAUGGUACGCUACUGUGCCAAAUCCUCUGUUCUGAAAUGUCACGAGACUGAUAUAAACCCUAGUAAUAUCCAAAAUGAAUCGUGCAAACAUGUGCAAGCUUGUUUUGACUGCGCCACAACAGGAGUAGCUUUAAAAAUUGAUCAACCAGUUUUAGAAUCUUUUAGGGUUCCUCAAAAUGUGAAACAGGAAGUAUGGUCAAAUUUUUUGGACAAAAAAAAACCAUAUUUGCAAAGGGUGUCAGAAAAUAUAUUCGUUGUGCGUUGUAAAAUAACUCCUCAAAACACUCUUGGCUAUCUGCACUGCAUUAUCGGCAAAUAUAAUCAAUGUUUCAGUUGUACGACUACAUUAGUUACUGUAGAUCAAAUGGAUCAAAUACCAGACUUAAACACAUAUUUUUGUUGCCAUUAUAUAGCAUGUCUCAGCGCUAUAGCCAGCUCACGGUAUAUGGUUCAAGAAUUUGAAAAAAAUCUCAGCCCUUUUGUGUCAGUGUCCACGUUGUCAACGACUAUCGUACAACUCGAUAGUUUGCCUAUCGUAGAGGAUGCCAUGGUCGAAGGAAGCAAUGGACCCGUUACAUUUUUCGAAGAUCAGAUGAUCAUAACGAGUGAGACAUGUGUUCUAGAAAAUAUUACACCCGGAUACCAUCAAAUUUCACUACCAAACAUUAUUGCCAAGAAACGGAGCAAAAGAGAACAGAAUCAUUCAAAAGUACAAAAAUUAAAAAAAACUGAAGAACAGGAAGUAGUCAAUCCAAAUCCAACGUUAAGUUUCGAAAGGUGGUUGUCGUCUAUAACAGAAAGAAUAAACCAAGAGAUGCAUUAUCAGUUUGACGGUAACCCACCGACCAUGGUUUUUCAUGUACACAAAACGUUUUUCGAGUGCUUUCGAGAGAGGAUGUGUGCCGCGUCUGCAAAGAAACGGUUACCAAAUUCUACCGUAGUAUUUGUCAAACAUGAUUCCCUGCCUUUGGGAACGUUCACAAAAUAUACUUGGCACAUAACUAACAUCAUGUUGGUGAAAAAAAUCUUCGAGACAUCUGCAGUGCCGUUGAAAAUCAGUCGCAGCUUUAUUAAAACCUCAGAAAAUACGUAUGAAGAAUUCGAACACGAUAAAAUAGAUAAAAUACCUCUUCGCAAACCAAACCAGCCAAUUCAACCGAACGAUGUAAAAACUUUUCUCAAAGUUGGUAUUGUCAAUCUACAACAGAAAGAACCAAUACCAUUUGUAAUUGAAUGGAUACCCGAUGUUUUGCCUAUAACUCAAAUCGGAGAAUUAAGACUUACGUUCAAAUAUGGACAUAUGCCUCCAAAAGAAAAAUAAUUGUAAUGCUAGUAUGGAAAACAGUGACAAUAGAUUGAUGAACGAAAAGAUUCAGAAUAAUAAAAUAGUGCAUGACCAAAACAUUUAUUGUCUUAGAAAAAAUUAUUAAAUCAUAUUAUAUUCAAUUUUUAUAAAAUAUUCCUAAUAAAUAUUCAUUAUUUAGUUAUUAU